AUGCCACAACUACCUUCGGUUUCCGAACUAAUAGGCUCAGCUAGAGUCGAUUCUGCAGCUGGUACCACAGUACAAACAUAUUCAAAUACAACUUCUUACACUGAUUUUAAUGACAGAAAGAACUCAACCACAUCAGUUUCUUCAACUACAAACGAGGGAUCGAGGAGAUUAUCUACUGAUCAAUCAAGGCAUCAUAGACUACCGUCAAUAUCAGAUACUAUACUAAACACUUCCAGCAAGAGAAAUUCUAUUGAUACAUCACCACGUUCCUCGGCUCAUCUACCGAGUCUACCAUAUUCAUUGUCUGCACGCGACCAAAACAUCAACAAUAGCAACACUAGUCUAGGUUCGUCCCCUCCCAGAUCACGGAGGCUGACUGAGACUGCUUUUAAUUCGGCAACUGAGAAUACGCCUAUUCCACUUACACUUCCAAGGACAAGUUCAGGGAACUACUUGCCUAAUCACGCUUUCAAAUUUCAACUGCAGCAACCAGAUGGGGCUAUAAGGUCAAGUAAUGUGCGUCCACAAGUUGGCUCGCCUAUAGGAAGCGCAGAUAAACUUCACCCAUCGCACAUGUAUGUUAGUUCGCCAAUAACUCUACACAAGCAGCCACCACAUUCAUUACCACCAUUACUGCACCAAUUACCAUCCCAUACCCAAUCAAUUUCCAACACAGUGUCUCCUACACAUAACCCACCAACCCUGGAAAUUGCUGCUGAUUCCAUCAAUGCAACUACCGUUCCUCAGCAUAUAAAUGUGCAACCUACAGGACCCCCAACACACGUGAAUCACGGGUUUCAAAUAUCAAAAAGCGCACCAACAACUACAACAAAUACAACUUCAUCCUAUCCACGAUAUCAUUAUCAGACUGCGCCUCGCAGUGGCAGCACGUCAAGUCAAGCUGGACCACCUCCUCCAGAACAUUAUUUCGUUGCUUAUCCACAACAACAACUGCAACAACAACAACUGCAACAGCAACAACAGCAACAGCAACAACUGCAACAACUGCAACAGCAAGCUUCAAUGCCUAUUCAAACAUCUCCUCCACCUCCGCCAUCAGCCUCUAUACAAAAUCACAACCAAGUUGUGGCUGGUCCCGGAUAUUAUAUCGUUCAACACCCUCAACUGAUUCCUCUUCCACCAACGGCACCACACCUACAAGGACAGACAUACCAUUCUCUACCUGCGCAUCCAUUACACAAUCAGGCUCCUCUUUUCCAACCACAACAAGGGUUCCAUGAACAAAUGCAUUACGAUCCGCAUCGAGUACCUCACGCUCCGAGUAUUGUGGUUGGUCCUCCACCGCCACCUACAAUGUAUGCGUACAACAUGCCUUAUAGUGACGAAAACAAUGCCCUUGUUAACAAACGUAAAAUUAUAAAGAGAAGAACUAGAACAGGGUGUCUAACUUGCAGAAAAAGAAGAAUCAAAUGCGACGAGAGGAAACCAUCGUGUUUCAAUUGUGAACGUCUGAAAAAGGUGUGUUUGGGAUACGAAAAUUUGUCAAAUUUGCAACCACGGAAAAGAGUGAGAGAUACAAGUUUAGAUUUGCCAAGCGCAGACGGAGGUGUAGGCAUUGCUUCAAAUCAGCUACUGCAGAAUCUACAACAACAAGUGUAUGAAGAAAGGGGAAGAAAUGGUUUAUGA